AUGAACACAAAGAGAAGCAUAUUUUCAGCCACUCUCUAUGAUAAAUGGCUUGAUGUUAUUGAUCAAGGGAAUGAGGAGGAGAAAAUAACUGCGACCCAGAGGCUUCUAGACCAGCUGCCAAGAGCCAAUGUAGUUUUUCUGCGAUACCUUUUUGGAGUGUUACACAACAUUGAGCAACAUUCCUCAUCCAAUCAGAUGACAGCUUAUAAUUUAUCAGUGUGUAUAACCCCAAGCAUUCUUGGUCUGCUUAAUUCUGGCAGCACAGCAUUCGAAAACUUCACCAAGAAGAUUUCUUUCAUACAAUUUCUCAUUGAAAACUGUCUCAAGAUAUUUGGAGAAGAUAUCACGUCUCUCUUUGGACCGAAGUCAGUGAGUUGUGAUAACAGUGAUAUCACUGACGUCACUGAUAACAGUGAGAAGGUUGCAGACAAGAAGACAGUUAGCAAGAGUUCUGUCAAAACCUGGGCCUUUUGGUGUAGCUCCAGGACUCGCGAGGACAACCAACACCCACCUCUACCACCCACAAAGCCAAAACAGCUCUUUGGAGCUCCUCUUGAGGAUGUAUGUGAUAACGACAGCCUGCCCACCCCAAUUCUGGUAGGUCUUAUUUUGGUUUUCUGUAACCCUCCUGAGGAGGGGAGUUCUGAGAGAUCAAGUGUUCUCUUCCAAAUCUACCCCCAAAUGAAGAAGUCUGGCUUUGUCUGAUAAGUUUCAUAAUAUUACUUCAAAGAAUAAGGUCUGAUUUAGGUACUGCAGAGUUACAAGGCAAAUACCAGAUGAAAAGGUACUCUCAUCCAUUCCACUGAUUUCAACAAAGACCCACCUAUACUGGCUCAGGCCAGUUAAAAUGGACUCUGUAAGGUAAGGGAGUCAGAGAAGGCGAGGUUGGGAGAAAGCAUGAGACCAGCACUUGACAGGAACAGAUCACCUUUAACGAGGCGAGAAGGGGCAGCAGUCAGAGGAGUGAGCUGCUGCACCACCCCAAGAAAAGAGUGAGCAUCUACAGGCCUGUAUGUGGAAAGCCUCUGUCCUAAGGGGGCCUGUUCGCCAAGGUUGUUCAGAGCAGUUCUCUCUCACACAGCUGGGGCAAGGAAUUUCGGAGACCGGCCAGAGGCUGGGACCAGCUGGGAGCUGGGCGUAAUCAACCUAAUGUCCAUGUUUUUCUUCGGGUGACAGUGUUCUUUAUUUUGCAUAGAAUGGUGGGGAGGACCUGGAGGGGAGUUUUAACUCCAGGCUAUUUUGAGCUGUGUAACUUUCCUUCAGACUCUGUGUGUAAGAAUCUCUGAGGGUCCACUUCAUCCUCAAAUGGUCUCCUGGUCUCCUCCCUUGAAGUCGACACUCGUCUCAAGUCUCCUUCAGCUGAGUCUACUCCGCCUUAUGACUCAAAAUGUCUCACACGGAUUUGAUUUGUAACUCAAGUGUUUAAGCAUAAAGUACUCAUCCUCUGGCAAAAAAUGAAUCAUUUGAGCCUGACAGAAUGUGUCAAAAGAAAGUCACAGAGUUUGGACUGUGCUUUAUCAAAUUAGUGUAUUGAACUGUAAGCAUUAACACUUGUUCACUGUCCACUAUCUCUCCAAGCACUACACUAGAUGCAGGGAAUUUUAUGGUAGAUAUGAAGAAAUUUGUCAUCCAAGUUAUGUGCUAGCACUACCCCAGACCUGUGUCUUUCACAGAAAAUUUAGGGGGCAGCUAUGAUUAUCAUCACCCCCACUUCAUAAAUGAAAAACAAAAGAGCCUCACCCAAGUAUGUGCUAUGCCUAAAGUCUCACAGUGGAUAAGUAGCAGAACAGAUUCCACAUUCCUUGAAAAACCUGGCUCCAAUAUCUGUUAUCUCUCUACUCUGCAGACAGCAGAGGAUAUUAAAAUACAGAAAAAGGAACUAGAAAGGC